AUGAAGCUGGAAAUCAUUGAUGCUCAUGGUCCAUGCUCCCUGACCAACCAAAACCAGCCCACAUCCAAACCAUCCCAUGCCGAAAUCUUCCGCCUUGACCAAUCACGGGCCGAACACAUCCAAGCCCGCAUCAAAUUCAACAAUGCGAAAUUCGAACUCACGGCCCGAUCAGGCUUGCCCUACACCUUCAACUACAUAGUCCCCGUUGGCCUCGGGACACCAAAAAAGGACUUAUAUCUCAUAUUUGACACCGGCAGUGACUUGUCGUGGACUCAAUGCCAACCGUGCAGCCUCAGUUGCUACAAUCAAACGCAUCCAAUAUUCGACCCGUCUGCAUCCACUUCAUAUUCCAACUUUUCUUGCACUAAGUCUGAAGAAUGCUAUGUGGGGGGUACUAGCUUGGCCACCUGCUCCUCAACUCACACUUGCAUCUAUGCAUUAACGUACAGCGAUGGGUCCCUUACCGCUGGAUUUUUGGGCAAAGAAAAACUCACGUUAACACCGAAAGAAGUUCUUCCGGAUUUCCUGUUUGGCUGUGGCCAACUAAACAGCGGAUCAAUGGGCAGGACAGAUGGAUUGUUAGGCCUAGGCAGAGCAAACUCGUCGAUUGUGUCCCAAACUGCUGAAAAGUAUAAAAAACAAUUCUCCUAUUGCCUGCCUUCAGUCCCAAGCUCCAAAGGGUUCCUUAAAUUCGGUAAAGAUUGUAACAAUACCGGAUCAGAAAUAAAAUUCACGCCUUUAACAUUUAAACCGGAAUCACCCUCAUUUUACUUCAUCGACAUUAUCUCUAUUGCUGUGGGCGGGUACACGUUACCUAUACACUACCAAACCAUUUUCAGGAAAUUAUCAGCUGGCACCAUCAUAGACUCGGGCACAAUAAUCACCCGCCUCCCGCCAAUUGCCUACAAAGCACUGAGAGAUGAAUUCAGGAAACAUAUGACUAAGUAUGAUCGAGCACCGGAGGCGGAGGAUGAUUUUUUGGAUACAUGUUACCGUAUCAGAAAAAACAAGAGUAUCACUAUCCCACAUGUGUCCUUCACAUUUACGAACAAUGUGGAAGUGAACUUGCAUGCUUUUGGAAUAAUGAUUGUAAUUGAUCCAUCGGCAACGUGCCUCGCUUUUGCCGCAAACGAACAACCGACUGAUUUAGCUAUUUUCGGCAAUAAUCAGCAGAAGACCUUAGAGGUGGUUUAUGAUGUUGCGGGAGAGAAGUUGGGAUUCCGCAGUGGCAUGUGCCCUUGA